CUCCCCGCGUCUCCAGUCACAAGUCGCUUUGCAAUGAAAACACCGGAUUACUAACGGGGGAGGGAGUCGCAACCGCAACACAUUGCGGUAACUGGUGCAGCUGGAUACGUGCGUGAGGAUUUCGACAGCAAGUGGGUCCAAACUAAUGAAGUAAGCAAGCAAGUCUGUCUGCUGAACAAUCACCAGUUGGCCCCAAACCCCGACAGACUCGACAGCGUUCCAACGCUUCAAGAGGAGCCUGAGAACACCAUGUGCCAUAACUGGAGAUAUCUUUGUACUGCCCCAUAGUUCGGCAGCCCCCUUAUGAACUUUGGUUUUUGGGGACCUUCCUAGUCGUUCACAUUUCCCACCGGGCAAGAUGAAGAAGGUGGUGGAGUGGUCACCAGAGGAUGUUUUUGAAUGGCUGAGCAAAGAGGGGAUGCCAGAGUACGCGGAUGCCCUCAAACAGACGGACGGUCCUGCUCUGCUGAGGCUCACUGAUACAGAUUUCCAGGAUCCCCCGCUCUCCCGCGUGUCCUCGGAUGGCGGACUGCAACUGUUGGAGCGGCUGGAGACGCUACGAAUAGAGAACCAUAUUGAGGCUCACAAAAAUGGCCAUGCAAACGGGCACGCUGGUGGGCUACCAAAAGGAAUUAGUAAGCCCCAGAGGAAUGGCACAGUGGGGAAGAAAGAGAUGAUUCUCAUUCCCCUGCCCCUGUUGGAACCUACUCACCCCUCGUUCCCUACAGAGUGGGGGAAAACUGGCAUAGCAUUUGUCUAUGCAGUCAUUUGUUUCGUUACCACCUCCGUAGUCAUAUCAGUGGUCCAUGAACGAGUUCCACCAAAGGAGCACACUCCACCGUUGCCUGAUAAGUUCUUCGACCUGUUCAACAGAGUGGAAUGGGCCUUCUCCAUCUGCGAGAUCAACGGCAUGUUGUUGGUGGGCCUUUGGCUGGUCCAGUGGAUCCUGCUCAAGCACAGGUCAAUCAUUGGCAGGAGAUUUUUUUUCAUUGUGGGGACGCUGUAUCUGUACCGCUGCAUUACAAUGUACAUCACAACUCUGCCUGUUCCUGGGAUGCACUUUAAAUGCUCUCCAAAGCUUCUGGGGAACUGGGAGGCCCAAAUGAGGAGAAUCAUGAAAAUGAUUGCUGGCGGUGGUCUGUCCAUCACAGGCUCUCACAAUAUGUGUGGAGAUUAUCUGUACAGCGGGCACACGGUUAUGUUAACACUCGCAUACCUCUUCAUCAAAGAGUAUUCUCCCAAGCGUUUCUGGUGGUACCACUGGAUCUGUUGGACCCUGAGUGCUGUUGGAAUUUUUUGCAUUCUUCUGGCCCACGACCACUACACUGUAGAUGUGGUUGUGGCGUAUUUCAUCACCACGCGCCUCUUUUGGUGGUACCACACCAUGGCCAACCAGCAGCCGCUGAAGGAGACGACACAAAGUAAUCUGUUCACCCGGGUGUGGUGGUACAGACUGUUCCUGUACUUUGAGGAGAACGUGAACGGCACGGUCCCACGGAGCUACCAGGUGCCGUUCUCGUUGCGGUUGUUGCCGUGGAGCCGCAAAGUGAAGUACAGCAGACUGAACAUUCAGUGACUACGGUCAAGCAGGCAAGGACUGCCACUUUAAUAAGUGCUGGGUUUGAGGAUGGCCCCUUACUAUGUAGCGUUAUCCUUACAUCUCCGCUGAAUGGGAAGCCUCAUGACCCAACAGAUAUUUUUCUCCUGAUGUUUUUUUUCCCUCCACUUCCAACUCACAGCACUAAUUAUUUAAUUUCACAUUUUUAUAGGUCAUACACUUUUUGGGAGGGCUUCUAUGAAAAAUUUCAAUAUACUCAUAAAGCUUAAGUCUUUGGUCGGCUAAGUGCAAAAGCAUAAUAGACAUUUCAAAAAAUUUUUUUUUUUUUUUAUAAAUCUGACCUUUUCUGAGAUUCCAAUCGCCAUAGGAAUCUUUUUUUGUUUUCUAUUUUAUAGCAACAUUUUUGUAAAUGUUCUUGCUAAAAGGCCUCAAUGGUGCAAAAAAGUAUUUUUUCUAAAAAUUUUAUUUUUCAAAAAUGAUGUCCAACUGAAAAUUUUUAAAUUUGUUUCAUUUUCUAGAUGGAUUACAUUGAGCAUAAGAAGUUAAUGUGGUUUAGCGUUAAUCCAGUGCCUUCUCUUGGUUCGAUUGUAACAAGCGUUUAGGAACUGCACGUCUCGUGUCGCACCGUGUCGCUGCACCGUCUCAGGCAGCAACGCGGUCAAAGCCGAGCGCCCAUGAAUGUGUACAACAACUAUGCCAGCCUUACCACAAGAUUGGUCUUCCCAAAAUAAGGAGCAGCGAGUCGAGCGUCCUGUUUGUCGAUGCUUUAUAACAUCAUUUUGUGCUUACUGGGUUAAUACUGUUCUAUUAGGAAUACAAGACUGUUAAUCGUAUUUUUUAAAGGAAAAGUUUGUAACUUUUUUAUUUUUGUCAGUUUUUUGUCAACACCAACUGUGUUAUAAGCAAAAUCAGAGGCUCCUCCUAAUUUUUUUCAUUACAGUUAAAGUGUGGUUAGACCUUUGAUUAAAACAAUGUCUUCAAAGAGCAGUUUGGACUUGAUCUGAACUUUGGUACGUAGCGUCCCUGUUUGAAAUCAAAACCAAUGAGGUUUCUGUCCUGCAAACUUUUAUUUUUGUAAGAAAUCGGAGGACAGAAGGAAAGUUUCCACCUGUGUGUUAAAAGAUUGAAUACAGAAAAGUUUAUGAAUGUUUUCCAGUUUCUUUAAUCUUGUUCUUGAUCUGCUGGACUGCAGUGAAAAGACAAAAGCACGCGUGUCCCCUGAUGUGAACAGCCAAGACUCCGGCUUUUCUCUCGGAGCAUUAAACCUUCAAUGGGGAACCAGCUGAGCACUCACAACAUGGAAGUGGUUAUUUAGUUUGUCAUACAUGUGCAAAAACCUUUUUUUUCCAUAAAUGUGAAUUGUUUUGAUGAAAAUUAUGCUAAUGUUGCUUCUCUUUUUUUGUUCGUUGUAUUACUGACCUGCGAAGAGGGUUAUAGAAGUUUUACACUAUUUUCCAUGUGGGGAGGACUCAAUUUAAAAGUAAAUACAAAAAAAAUGAUUUCAAGUCUAAUUCUGUGACUCGUAAAAUAAGGAAUAAAAUUGGUUCUUUAGCUUCCACACAUUACAAAUGAAAGGUUAUUUUGUUAAUCUAUAUUUUUAAAACUAUAAAAAGGAAUAAAAUAGGAUUAUUUUAAUUGUAAAUUGAUGAAACUAUUGUUUCAUCUGCAGAGGAAGUCUUAUUGUUGACUGAUCAUUUCUGCUAAGAACGUUUCCUGUCUUUCAGUUUCCCUCACCUGUUUUUAAACUGUUAUCUGUACUGAUACAGGAUCAAAUCCCAGGUUACAAAAUUCAUUUUAAAACUUUCAGAUUAAGUGUUUGUUUGACUCUUUAAGAAAGCAGAGUUAAUUUUGUGUUUGUGAAUCUCUCACUCACUUUGUUCCUUUUUUUGUGUACAAAUCAGAAGUUUGUAAGAUAAGCUAAAGAAUAGAGUUUUUUCGGAAUAAAACAUUUUACUAUGAA